CUUAUAUCUUAGUUCUCUUCCUGCCAAAAGCAAACAUGGGAACACGGUCUGUGAGCGGCGAAGGAAAUGGCAUCAGCACAAGAUAUUGAAGCAGCAGAAGGCAAGGGCACCAUCGAUUGUUGGCAAUUGUGCUGGAAGAAACCAUGACGUUCGAGUCGACAACGAAACUAGCGCCUCUGAACUACAUCAGCCCACUCGUCCAGGAACGUAUUCUGAUUGGAUUGGGUUCCUCCUCGUCUGCCCGAACCAUCCAGACACUGUUGGUGCCCAAACCAAAGAAGAUCCGAAAUGGACGUGCGUCCCAAUUCCAUCUGAAGGAAGAUGGAUUUGAACUCCUCCAAGGAAUUUCCCGUCCUGACUAUGCCACCCUCCAGCGGCCUCGCGAUCGGUUCUACGCCACGAGAGAACUCGUUGUGCCACUGGCAACCAAACUCGUUCGAGAUCGCUUUGGAUUGACACCCUUCUACGCUCACUUUACCCCGCCGUAUCUUCGCCGUCAAACAGCAGCCAGCUCCUUGGACACACGCGAUCACAGUUCGGGUGCAACACCCCAUGCCAUGGUACACAAUGAUUAUGCAUGGGAUUCCUAUCAAAACAUGAAAUCUAUAAGCGACUACUUUGGCCUGCCAAGGGAUUCACCCAGGCUCGGCAAGGUUGUGCAGUCGUUUCAGAGGGCGGGACGUGUGAUUGUACUUCAAUUUUGGAUGAAUGCCCAACCAGAAGACACUGUCAUUGAAAACGACACAUUGGCUUUGUGUCAUCCUCGAUCCAUCCAAACGCCAGAUCUAGUGGCAAGGAGAGUCACAGGAUACAACAAUUCCCAGUACGAAUUUACAAUCUUACAGGCCAAAGAUUCUCCUACUCACGAAUGGUUUUAUUGGCCAGCACUAGGCUUCAAGGAAUGUCUCGUGUGGGUAGGCUACGACUCUGCUUGGGGAGAUGAUGUCAAGCCAUGUUUCCACACCAGCUUUCAUGAUUCCACGGUGCCCAAGGGAAGGCCUCGAGAAUCAGUCGAAGCAAGAGUCAUUGUAUUCCUGGACGAAAAACUGCAAUCUCGGUUGUAAUCUAUUAUCAGCGGGAUGCGUUUGCAUGAUGGUUCUUGGUUUGAAAUGAUAUCACAUAGAGUUAGUUUAACAGCCUGCAAAAUUGGAACCUACGAUGGCUCGGUUACUCUAU